CUGGUUCAGUAUGUGACUCGUUUUCAUUUCACAUUUACAAAUUUAGCAAAGUUGGGUGUUGAAUUUAAAAAUUGAACUUUCCAAAAAUGUCUUUUUGACAUUUUUUUAUUAAGAAAGCUGUUAACAGUACCAGUCAGACAAAUCAGCAUGGUUAAAGUCAAAGUUUUAUCCAGAUCUUCAAACGACUAUGUUAGAGAAAGAGCCCAAGAUAUUCAUAAAAUACAACGCAAUUACGAUCCCAGUGCCCACCCAUUUGAACGAGCCAGAGAAUAUACCAGAGCAUUAACUGCAGCCAAAUUAGAUAAGAUGUUUGCCAAACCGUUUGUGGCAUCCAUGGCCGGCCACAUCGAUGGCGUUUAUUGUCUGACGAAGCAUCCUACGAAACUCAAUUCUAUGAUUUCCGGCAGUGGUGAUGGUGAAAUUCGUAUUUGGGAGUUAUCGGAACAAGCAACGACUUGGAGAGUGCAAGGCCAUCGUGGUAUGGUAUCUGGUGUUUGCGCUGCAACGGAAGAGGGAAAAUUCUUGUCUUGCUCUACUGAUAAAACAGUUAAAAUUUGGGGUGAUGGAACUGACGCAUUAGAAGUAUAUAACGGCAAAUUCGCUUUCACAGGUCUCUCUCACCAUCGCUCAGAACCGCUUUUUGCUACCUCUGGUGGUACAGUAGAAGUCUGGGAUGAAAAUCGAUCAGAACCCAUACAUGAUUUUGCUUGGGGAGCAGAUUCUUAUCAGUCUAUCAAAUUUAAUCAAGUGCAAGAAAAUAUCUUUGCUUCUUGUGGCACAGAUCGCACAAUUGUAUUAUAUGAUCUAAGAACGAGCACACCUAUUACAAAACUUGUAAUGGCGUUGAAGACAAAUGUGAUUGCAUGGAAUCCUAUAGAGGCGUUUAUAUUCUCUACGGGCAAUGAAGAUCAUAAUGCCUACACUUUCGAUAUGAGAAAUAUGUCAUCUGCACGAAAUGUUUUGAAAGAUCACGUGUCAGCAGUAAUGAGUGUGGACUAUUCACCUACAGGACAAGAAAUUGUAACUGGAUCUUACGACCGUACAAUUCGUUUAUAUGAUGUGGGAUCUGGCCAUAGUAGAGAUUGUUAUCAUACCAAGCGUAUGCAAAGAGUUUUCGCUGUGCAAUAUUCUAUGGAUAGUAAAUAUGUGUUAUCAGGAUCAGAUGAUGGUAAUAUACGUAUCUGGAAGGCACAUGCAAAUGAGAAGAUUGGAGUGAAGGACUGGCGUGAAAAGAACAAACUUGAAUACUCGGCUAAGUUGAAGGAAAGAUAUGGACACUUGAAGGAAAUUCGCAGGAUCGAGAAACAUCAAAGAAUACCUAAGGAUAUUAAGAUUGCUGAUAAGAGAAAGAAGGAAAUGUUAUAUGCAGAAAAGAGAAAGGAAGAACUAAGGCGUAAACACUCCAAGAAAUAUGACCAGGAAAAGCGACGCGUUCCUGAGAGAGAAAAGUCUAUUAUUGGUGUUGCUAAGUAGUAGAUCUUUCCUACACAUUCUUUACGUAAAUAGCCUUAUCUAAUAUAUAUCCAUCUCCACACCUUUUUCAAUGUCACUGAAUAAAAAUGCUAUAUCUUUGUGGGAAGCCAUUUAAAUUUUGUUUUCACUAUGUCAUGUGCUCUGUUUAUUUUGUGUCUCAUUUCCCCCACACCAAGCG